AUAAUAUGAAAUGUAUGGUUUUGUGUGCUUAUGAAUAUUUAAUAUUACGUUUAUUUUUGUAUUAUUUUAGGAACAGAUUCAAUGUUACCCCCGUUUCAAAGAUAAAAAAUAACAGCACAAGAUAGAAAUCACCCCAGAAAACGACCAUCGUAAUCAACAUUACGUAUGGAUUUUCUCACAUUUAACCCACCUUUUUAAACACUUUUGUAUUUGUAAUACAAACUACAAAGGGAGAUUUUAAAAAAGCUGAUGAUUAUAUGAGUGAAAUAUCUAAUCUAAUAUCUAAAUAUCGGCUUUCCUUUGUGGGUGACUUUUCAACCGGAAACUGAAUGAAUGUUCCAAUUGCUAACAUGUACUUCUCAGGAAGAUAGGCUAUACAGUGACAGAAAAUACAGCAGAUAACACAUGUCUGCUAUGUGGCGGUAAUCAGCUUGGUUUUCGGGUAAUUCAUCGAACGUUUUCUAUAGAUGAAUUACUACAUUUGGGAAGCUAUCCCGGUUAGCGCUGCUAGCUCCGACAACCGAAGCCGGAAGUGACGCAGGGAUUCCUCUCUUGCUCUGACGUUGGAUUUGUUCUUCACAAAUUCAAACGUGAUUCUUGCGGAGCUGUUGACGUUAAAAACAGAAGCAAUACAAGAAAACGCUUUUUUUUGGCAGACUUUCUUUACGUUUUCACCGGAGUUUGAGGUGAUUUAAAAGGUUUUAGGAGACUGUUAAUGUCGCGGAAGGAACACAUCAGAGAACAAACUGCCAGGACACCAGCUGUUGUGAUGAAUUCUGCUGAGAAACGAGACAUCAGAAUCAAACGGGUCUCGUCCAGGAAGAGAUCUCGCGAUAGCUCACAGAUGACACCUGAGAGGAAGAGAGGACCUGAGAAAUGUCCUCCGAUCUGCAGGCUGAGCAGCAUCAUGGCAGAACAACAACAACAACCUGCUGCAGAGUUGUUCUGCAGCGACAGCGAGGAUCUGUUCGGGGAUUACGACAGCCUCCUGCAGGACAGCUCGCUGCUCGACAGACUGGACGACGCUGAGCAGAGCGAGAGGCAGAGAGACGUCCAGAGAGACGUCCAGAGAGACUUCACCAACCUGAGGACGAAGACAGACGAAGACGUGCUCACAGACUCCAUCCUGGACGCCAUGGGAGAGGAAGAUCUUCCUCCCAGCAUGCAACAGUUCAAGGAUCAGGUCCAGGAGACGAGGGUCCGUCUGCAGGGCGGAGAUCAGACCUCCACUCCGCUCAGAAACACAAAGACCUCCACCCCUCUGAGGACUAAAGAGGAGAGUAGACCCCCGAGAGGAGGAGGAGGAAGAGGAGGAGGAGGAGGAGGAGGAUCAUCGAGGAGGAGGAGCGUGGCGGACGCUCUGAAGAAGACGAUGCUUUGUAACGCAGCCUCUCCAGCCAUGGCGUCUCGCAGCGCAGCGUUAAAGGAGGCCGUCCUCUCGGAGGAAAUCUCCGUCGCCAUGCAGGCGUUGGAGGAAGUUUCUGAAGAGAAGACCCCCGACCUCGGGCCCUUCUUCGGGCUCCCGUCCAGAGUCAAGGAGCUGAUGCUGCGGCUGAAGGGGAUCCAGAGCUUAUACGAGUGGCAGGAGACGUGUCUGAACCUGCCGUCCGUUCAGCGCCGGAAGAACCUGAUCUACUCGCUGCCGACCAGCGGAGGAAAGACUCUGGUGGCCGAGAUCCUGAUCCUCAGAGAGCUGCUCUGCAGGAAGAAGGACGCUCUGUUCAUCCUGCCGUACGUCUCUCUGGUGCAGGAGAAGGUGCGAGGGUUGGCGAGCUUCGGCGUGGAGCUGGACUUCCUGGUGGAGGAGUACGCCGGCAGUAAAGGAAGGUUCCCCCCCGUAAAGAGGAAAGACAGGAGGUCUCUUUACGUCGCGACGAUAGAAAAAGCCCACAGCCUCGUGAACUCGCUGAUCGAGAACCAGAGGAUCGACGACCUGGGGCUGGUGGUGGUGGACGAGCUUCACAUGUUGGGCGACGGCAGCAGAGGAGCGAUCAUUGAGAUGACGCUCGCUAAAGUUCUCUACACGGCCAAAUCCACUCAGAUUAUCGGGAUGAGCGCCACGCUGGGAAACAUUAAAGACCUGCAGACGUUUUUAAGAGCAGAAAACUACAGCAAUGACUUCCGGCCUGUGCAGCUGAAGGAGUACGUUAAACUGCAAGACACCAUCUAUGAAGUAGACCCAAAGGAGGAGGACUGCUUCAAAUUCUCUCGUCUCCUCAACUUCAAGUACUCCAGCUCCAUGCAGAAGCUGGACCCGGACCACAUCAUCGCCAUGGUGACCGAAGUCAUCCCAAAACACUCCUGUCUGGUUUUCUGCCCCACGAAGAAGAACUGUGAGAAUGUGGGAGCGCUGAUCUGCAGAUACCUCAGGAAGGACUUCCUGCUCCUCCACGAGCAGCAGAAGCUCCUCCUCCUCUCCCAGCUGGAGAGGUGUGUAGUGUGAUUCUGUGGAGUUUAUUUAUGGCA